AUGAGCUGGUUUACUCAAAUGCUGCAAAACUUGAUUAGUUUUCCUUAUUUAGAAGAAUACUUGAGCUCAGUUGUUCACCCUUGGUGGUUUCGUAAGCUUCUGAUUUUGCUUUGUUCAUUAAUGAUAGAUAUAUAUUUGGUUGGCUGUGCUUGCUCAUUUGGGCUAUAUGUUUACAUGAAGAUGAAUAAGCACCAAGAAACUGGUCCUGAUAGCAAAAUUUGGAAAAAGCCAAGGAAAUUUAUUGCUCAUAUUGCAGAUAUAUAUGGAAAGAUAUGGCAUGGUGAGUAAAAGUUUCUUUCAUAGCAAUAAUUCUUCCUUAUGAGUCACUAUAAUUUCAUAGGACAGGAUCAGAAUUUCAGGCUUGAAGCAAUGGAACAAUAGUUGCCACAGUGAAUCAGGACUGGACCUCUGAAUCCCCCUCAGAGUCACAAAAGCUACAAGUUUGGGUUGGCUACAUAAGGAUCAAAACAAAGGCAUGGCUAUUUAUUUAUGUACAGUGGUACCUCGGGUUAAAUACUUAAUUCGUUCUGGAGGGCCAUUCUUAACCUGAAACUGUUCUUAAACUGAAGCAUCACUUUUAGCUAAUGGGGCCUCCUGCUGCUGCCGUGCCACCGGAGAACAAUUUCUGUUCUCAUCCUGAAGCAAAGUUCUUAACCCGAGGUAAUAUUUCUGGGUUAGCAGAGUCUGUAACCUGAAGCCUCUGUACCCUGAAGCAUCUGUAACCCAAGGUACCACUGUAUGUACACAAACUAUGGAAUUUGCCAGCACAGGAUGUGGUGAUGGCUACUAAUUUAGAUGGACACUGCGGGAAACAGGAUAGCCUAAUACAGAGGCCUUUGGCCUGAUCCAUAGGACUCUUUAUAUGUUCUCAAUGCUUCCCACAAGUCUCAUGUUACUGUAAGUGCUGAAACUUAAAUCAGAAAUACACGACUAAAACCAAGUUUGGGCCAUAAGGAUGAGACCAUGUAGCUACUUAGGGCAUGGUCAAGGGUGUGUGUGUCUAGGAAACAGCUUUCUCACCUGGUAGAAAGUGAUUCCGAGAAUGGUCUGAAGAUGCCUGAAGUUGGAGCUCUUAGGGACGGGGAAGAAAUAUACUCCAGGCCCUGGAUAGCUCUCAUACAGAAGGGGGAUACUACUCUUUAAAUUAAAAAAGUCUCAGAAAAAUUUAGUAUAACUAUAACAACAUAUUAAACUGUCUCAAGGGCUCAACCCUAUAUAAAAGCUUAAAGUAGACUAAAACAGCAAAACAGAGUUUUAGCUCACUCAAAGUCUGGGCAAAAAUGUUUCCACCUGUGCUCAAAAGGAAGCAAGGAAGGAACAUUCCACGAGAGGAGAAAUCCCUUCAUUCAUUAAGGGACCACCACAGAGAAGUGAUGACAACCUAGCAUCCAGAAUGCUGGAGCAUAUUGUCGUUGUUGUUUAGUUAUUUAGUCGUGUCUGACUCUUCGUGACCCCAUGGACCAGAGCAUGCCAGGCACUCCUGUCUUCCACUGCCUCCCGCGGUUCGGUCAGAUUCAUGCUGGUAGCUUUGAGAACACUGUCCAACCAUCUCGUCCUCUGUCGACCCCUUCUCCUUGUGCCCUCAAUCAUUCCCAACAUCAGGGUCUUUUCCAGGGAGUAUUCUCUUCUCAUGAGGUGGCCAAAGUAUUGGAGUCUCAGCUUCAGGAUCUGCCCUUCCAGUGAGCACUCAGGACUGAUUUCCUUAAGAAUGGAUAGGUUUGAUCUUCUUACAGUCCAUGGGACUCUCAAGAGUCUCCUCCAGCACCAUAAUUCAAAAGCAUAUAACAGAGCUUUUAACCUGAUCUUAAAUUUCAGGUUUUUUUCUGAACCACUCUGAUUUCCGCCAGUAAUGGUUGCGAUAUUUCUUUGUUGCAUUUUGUAUUAUUUUCAGGUUAUGAAGUUACUGGCAUGGAACAUCUCCCUAAAGGACCAGGGAUUAUUAUUUAUCAUCAUGGAGUUGCUCCUCUCGGCUAUGCCUUAUUUGUGGCUAGACAUUUUUUAGAGACGGGGAGACUGUGCUUUUCAUUAAUUCAUCGUUUGGGGGAUUGGAUACCAGGUAAACUAUUUAAAUUUAACUCAUGUAAAAUAUGACAAAAAUCAAAUUAAAAUUAAAAUUAACUAAUGUAAAAUAUGACAAAAAACAAUGCUAUAAGCUUUGAAACAAUGCUAUAAAAUAUAAAACGAUAUAUCAGGAAAACAGGUGAGAAACAACUGAUAAAUGAAAUAGCAGCAACAGGUGAAAUAGUUUAGUUAGUGUAGAUGAAGGUAUAAUAAUAGUAAUAAUUUAUUAUUUAUACCCCGCCCAGCUGGCUGGGUUUCCCCUGCCAAUCUGUGCACAUUCCAACAAAAGAUUAAAAAUACUUUCUCACCAUGUCUUUACUAGUAAGACAAAAUGAAUGUAGGCUGAAUUAUUAUUUCCAAUUCACAACUGAAUCAGCAGAAAUGGUUUCCAUGCAGAAAUUCUAUGCUUUGUUGUACAACUUGUUGUACCUCUGAAUUUAAACACCACUGGGUGGCAGCUGGGAUGGGGUGGGAGCUACAGCUAAGGAAAAAGUCAGAAGCCCAAGUGAAGCCCCAAAGACAUGUCCGUGGCUUUCAUAGCAAGUCCAACCUAUCAACAAAUCUGCACACAGAUCCCAGGAAACAUGGCCCCACCCAAACACAUGGCCUAUCAAGCACGCCCACACACAGCUUCUAUGCCCCCAUGUGACACUGCAGUCAAACACAUGUGGCACCUUUGCUGUACUGGUCAUGGCGCUCCACUGCCUCUCCCCCCACAUCAUCUUCCUCUGCAUGCACACAGCAGCCACCCCAGGAAACUAUGACAUAGCAGAAAGGUCAUUUGAAGGAAGGAGUCCAAAGAGGCCCAGUAGCAAAGAGUGCUGUUUGGAAUUUUUCUACUAAGUUAAUUAAUGCAGCAUAUAACCUUCACUCAUAUAUCUGUGUACCAAUCUCAGCUGGUGGAAGCAGUUUUCCAUCAGCAUAGUCUCCUCUGUGCUAUGUCUCUCUCUCUCUCUCUCUCUCUCUCUCUCUCUCUGUGUGUGUGUCUACUGUACAGUUGUACCUCAGGUUAAGUACAUAAUUCGUUCCAGAGGUCCAUUCUUAACCUGAAACUGUUCUUAACCUGAAGACCACUUUAGCUAAUUGGGCCUCCUGCUGCUGCCGUGCCGCCGGAGCAAGAUUUCUGUUCUCAUCCUGAAGCAAAGUUCUUAACCCGAGGUACUAAUUCUGGAUUGCGGAGUCUGUAACCUGAAGCGUAUGUAACCUGAAGUGUAUGUAACCCGAGGUACCACUGUAUCCAAAAGCUCUGCACCCUAAAGAGAUUGAAGGUUUGGAUGCUGCAGCAAGGCACCAUGAGCUGUAUUUUUAUCAUAAUGCAAACUUGAAUGUAUUACAGACCUGAGGAACACAUGUCUAAAAAGUGGCCACCUCAGCACUCAACCCCACUCAAUGUGCUUUCCAAAAAAAAGCCUACUGUCAGAACCUCUGAGCAAAAGAGGAAUUAGCCUAAAGUCCACCUCCAUGAAAUCCUAGUUGAAAUGGAUUGGCAGAGAGCUAUGCUUGUGAUCCAUAAUAGUGCAAUAUAUUUGGAAUAAUGACACUCGUAGUGAAUCCACACUAUUUCCUAAAUAAGUUUCACAUAAAAUGCAUUCUUCUAUUUGGGGCUUAUUUUUUCAGGGCUGCAGAUGUUUUUUUAUGUGAGCGCGUUGAAAUUUUACAAGAAAGCUGAAAUUGUGGAAAUGAUGAAGAAAGGCCAUUUACUGGGCAUUGCACCUGGUGGAGGUAGAGAAGCACUGUUUAGUCAUGAUUACGACAUAAUGUGGGGUAAACGCACAGGUUUUGCUCAGGCAGCUUUGGAGGCGAAAGUGGUGAGUGAUCUUUGUGCAAUUUGCAUUGCCUUUACGAAUAUCCUAGAUAAGAUGUAAUGUGUUGACAUCCUUGAUCCAGCAUCCAAAAAAGUUGAGGAUGGCAAAUAUCCUGUUUGGGGGUCAAAUGAAAAACACCGAUUUACUGGAUCUAGAAGGGCACAAUAAUAGAUAUGGGUGGCACUCCUACUUAUGGUAUAAUAAGGUGAAAAUACAUAAAGGAUUUACAAACCAUAUAUUUAGGGGUGUCCUGUAUGAGGUAUGGGACAAGAAUAAAAAUUUAGUAGAAAGAACUACACCUUGGUUGCUAUCCCCGAUAGAUGUACUGACAAUAAAAAAGUUAAAUAUGGAAGGGAAGAGACUAACUUAUGAAGAUAUUUUAGUGAAAGCUGAGAACGGGUGGAAGCUAAAACCAUAUGACAAUAUAAAAAGUGCUUUUAUGGGAUGGAUACAAAAUCACCAGGUGAAUGGCUUAUUAAAAGAGGAUAAGAAAUUGGGAUUUAGCGGAGGGAAAUCAAGAUACCAAAUUGAAAUUUUAGAAGGCAGAACAAAACUCCUAUCUAAAAUGUAUGAACAUUUAUUGGAAUGGGAUACCAAAGAUGAACUAAUAAAAGAAGUAAUGAUGAAAUGGGCAGUAGAUUUCGGUUAUAACAUUGACUACGACAAAUGGGUAAGACUAUGGAAUGAAGGUAUGAGAUUCACAGCGUGUUCCACUCUAAAAGAAAACCUAAGUAAAAUGAUGUAUCGGUGGUAUAUAACCCCGAGUAAAUUGGCAAAAAUGUAUAAAAUGCGAGAUAGAGCCUGCUGGAAGUGUACAUUAAAGGAUGGAGAAUUUUUCGACAUGUGGUGGACAUGCGAAAAAAUGAAAAAGUUUUGGGAUAUGAUAUACAAUGAAAUGAUUUUUUUUUUCCAAAUAUACAUUCCCAAAGAAACCAGAGGCUUUUUUAUUAGGGAUAGAAUCAUAGAAUCACAGAGUUGGAAUAGACCACAAGGGCCAUCGAGUCCAACCCCCUGCCAAGAGGGAAAUACCAUCAGAGCACUCCUGACAUAUGGUUGUCAAGCCUCUGCUUAAAGACCUCCAAAGAAGGAGACUCCACCACACUCCUUGGCAGCAAAUUCCACUGUCGAACAGCUCUUACUGUCAGGAAGUUCUUCCUAAUCUUCUUUCUUGUAGUUUGGAUCCAUUGCUCCGUGUCCGCUUCUCUGGAGCAGCAGAAAACAACCUUUCUCCCUCCUCUAUAUGACAUCCUUUAAUAUAUUUGAACAUGGCUAUCAUAUCACCCCUUAACCUCCUCUUCUCCAGGCUAAACAUGCCCAGCUCCCUUAGCCGUUCCUCAUAAGGCAUCGUUUCCAGGCCUUUGACCAUUUUGGUUGCCCUCCUCUGGACACGUUCCAGUUUGUCAGUGUCCUUCUUGAACUGUGGUGCCCAGAACUGGACACAGUACUCCAGGUGAGGUCUGACAGAGCAGAAUACAGUGGCACUAUUACUUCCCUUGAUCUAGAUGCUAUACUCCUAUUGAUGCAGCCCAGAAUUGCACUGGCUUUUUUAGCUGCCGCGUCACACUGUUGGCUCAUGUCAAGUUUGUGGUCAACCAAGACUCUUAGAUCCUUUUCACAUGUACUGCUCUCAAGCCAGGCGUCACCCAUCUUGUAUUUGUGCCUAUCAUUUUUUUUGCCCAAGUGCAAUACUUUACAUUUCUCCCUGUUAAAAUUCAUCUUGUUUGUUUUGGCCCAGUUCUCUAAUCUGUCAAGGUCGUUUUGAAGUGUGAUCCUGCCCUCUGGGGUGUUAGGCACCCCUCCCAGUUUGGUGUCAUCUGCAAAUUUGAUCAGGAUGCCCUUGAGUCCAUCAUCCAAGUUGUUGAUAAAGAUGUUGAAUAAGACCGGGCCCAAGACAGAACCCUGUGGCACCCCGCUAGUCACUCUUCUCCAGGAUGAAGAGGAACCAUUGAUGAGCACCCUUUGGGUUCGGUCAGUCAGCCAGUUACAAAUCCACUGAGUGGUAGCAUAGUAAAGACCGCAUUUUACCAGCUUCUUUACAAGAAUAUCAUGGGGCACCUUGUCAAAUGCCUUGCUGAAAUCAAGGUAGGCUACAUCCACUGCGUUCCCUUCAUCUACCAGGCUUGUAAUUCUGUCAAAAACGAGAUCAGGUUAGUCUGACAUGACUUAUUUUUCAGAAAUCCAUGCUGACUAUUGGUGAUCACAGCAUUCCUUUCUAGGUGCUCACAGACUGUUUGCUUAAUGAUCUGCUCCAGAAUCUUCCCUGGUAUUGAUGUCCGACUGACUGGGCGAUAAUUAUUUGGGUCCUCUCUUUCCCCCUUUUUGAAAAUAGGGACAACAUUUGCCCUCCUCCAGUCUGCCGGGACUUCGCCUGUUCUCCAGUAAUUCUCAAAGAUGACUGCCAGUGGUUCUGAGAUCACAUCUGCCAGUUCUUUUAAUACUCUUGGAUGCAGUUCAUCUGGCCCUGGAGACUUGAAUACAUCUAAACUAGCCAAGUAUUCUUGUACUAUCUCCUUAGUUAUUCUGGGCUGUGUUUCCUCUGCUGGAUAAUAGGAGAUGAAGUGAGAAAAGAAGACUGCAAAUUAUUCCUGUAUGCCACGACUGCCGCAAAAGUGGAAAUCCCUAGAGUUACCAACUCUAGGGAUUACCAACCCUAAUGGAGUGGCAGACAAAAUUAUUCGAGUAUACUGAAUUGGCAAAAAUGAGUUAUAAAAUUCGAGACCAAAAAGUGACAAAGUUUGAGGAGGAGUGGAGUAAAUUUGUUGUGUAUAUACGAAAUAACUGUAGAAGUUUGAAAACUGUAGCAGGGCUAACAUGAUGUAUAUAGAAUGUAAUUAAGAAUCUGCAGGAAUGGAUGUAAACUGGGAAAACCAAAGCAGGGAAGGAGGGAAGUCGGGGCGCGAAAUUGCGCAGGGUAAAUAAGAAGAUAAAAAAGGUUGAAUGUUAAAGUUAAAGUUUUAUUUAAUUUUGUUUUGUUUUUGAAAAUAAAAAAAGUAAUAAAAAUAAAUAAAUAAAGCCAAAUACAUUAUCAUUUAUGAGUAGCUUCUCAUUAUAAUCCCAGAUGUGAAGCAUUCUUCGUAGUCCAUAACAAAAAUAAAGGCAGGAUGGUUGCGACAAAAUAAUUAUCCAGUCCUCACCUUUCUUUUCAUGUUUGUUUCAUCUUUUAUUUUUUUAGCCCAUCAUCCCUAUUUUUACACAAAACAGUUGUGAAGCAUACAGGACCAUUGGAAAGACAAGUAAGUUAAAUACCUUGGUUGAUCAAGAGAUCUCAGGCAAUAUACAUUUUAAUAAUAUAGAAUGAUCUUUUAAAAAGAAUAUCUAUUUACUACUCACUAAUAGAUUUUAUUCCAUGUACACUUAUCUGCAAUGUUGUGCUGCCUGCCUCAGUACUGAGUGAACAUGCCCUUGCUUAGUUUUCUAUUAGAUUUAACAGAAAGCUAUAAUCGAUAAAUGUGGGAGCAACCCUAACAUGGAGGGGAAGUGAACAGGAAACAUACCAUAUUCUGCAGUCUAUUGUACACAACUUAUGACUGAUUGCAAAGAGCUGACUGAAUAUCUUGUAUCUCUUUUCCCAAGCACUCACUUUAUUUAACUCUUCCUCUCUGGGAUGUAUUUAUUGCAAUUGCUAAACACUGAGAAUGUCAACUAAUUUCAAAUUUGAUAUGGUGUCACUUUACUUCAGAAUCUUCUUCCAUUUCAUACACAGGGCUGUCAAAAUGGCUGUAUGAUAAAAUUCGAUGUACGUUCAUUCUCAUUUACGGAGGGUUUCCAGUGAAAUUGAGGACAUUUAUUGGAGAACCCAUCCCAUAUGAUCCAAAUAUAACAGCUGUAGAGCUGGCUCAAAGAGUAAGUUAACUCUAAACUUGGAAGUUUAAAAGGAGAAUAUUUCUUUUUUCUUUUUUUCUUUUAAAAAAUAUUUUUAUUAAGCAUAUUUAACAAAUCAAAUUAUAAAUCAAAUAUAACCAAUUACAUUUCUCCCCUCCCUCCCUCUCCCUCCCUCCAGAGACCUUCAGCUCCCCUCUCUGAUUUGUUCAUACAUAUGAUUCUCUGCAUGUUGUAAAGUUGUACAUAUCAUUACCUUUUCUGUCAUAUGUUCUACUACUAAAUUUGUGGAUGUUUAUUCAAAACCUGCCAAGGAGUCCAAAUCCAUUUGUUGUCUUUUUGAAUAGUUUUGUAAAUAGUUCCCAUUCUUCCUUGAAGGCACGGUUGUCCUUCUCACACAGUUUAUGUGUUAACUUUGCUAACUCCGCAUAACUCAUCAGUUUUUCUUGCCAUUGUUCUUUCAUUGGGAUUUCCUCAUUCUUCCAUCCUUGUGCUAACAAGACGCUUGCCGCUGUUUUAGCAUACAUAAAUAAGUUCUUUGUUUUUCUUGGCAGGUGUUGUCCUAAAAUCCCUAACAAAAAUGCUUCUGUUUUUUUUACAAAUGUCAUUUUGAAGACUUUUUCAAUUCAUUGUAUAUCACCUCCCAAUUUUUUAAAAAAAUUUAUCUACAUUCCCACCACAUAUGAUACAAAGUACCUUCUUUUUCUUUACAUUUCCAACAUGUAUUUGACCCAGUUUUAUACAUUUUUGCCAUUUUUACUGGUGUAAUAUACCAUCUAUACAUUAUGUUCAUAUAAUUUUUUUUCAAAAGAGAACAAUCUGUAAAUUUCAAAUCUACCUUCCACAGCUUUUCCCAAUCCUCAAAUUGUAUAUUUUGUCCUAUGUCUUGUGCCCAUUCAAUCAUGACUGAUUUAACCUCCUCAUCUUUCGUUUCCCAUUCUAGCAGAAUACUAUAUGCUUUCUUCAAUAACUUCACUUCUUCUAUAACCUCCUUUUGGAAUCUAGAGAUUGUAUAGCUAAACCCUUUGUCUGUAAUGCAACCAACUCUGCACAUGAUCUUUAAUUUCCUCAUAAUCUUUUAAUUUCCAUUUUCCUUCUUGGUCUCUCAGUAGGACUCUAUAUGUGGGCCACUUUCCCCUUUUGUCAAGCAGUUUGAGUAACAAAGCUUCAAUUGGUGAUAACCACCAAUGUGUUUUUUUGUUCUAUUAAAUCUUUGUACCUCUCCCACACUCUCAUUAAUAAUCUUCUAAUUAUGUGAUUGUAAAAUCCUUUAUGUACUUUCCCUUUCCCAUACCAUAAGAAUGCAUGCCAUCCAUAUCUGUUAUCAUGAUCUUCCAAAUCUAAUGCUUCUUCCCUUUCCAGUUUUAUCCAGUCCCUAAUCCAGACCAAACAUGCAGCCUCAUAAUACAGUUUAAAAUCUGGGAGGGCAAAGCCUCCUCUUUCUUUUAUAUCUGUAAGUAUUUUAUGUUUAAUCCUUGGCCUUUUGCCCCCCAGAUAAACUCCCCCCCCCAAUUUUUUUAAAUUAAAUUUUCCACAAUUAUAACAAAUAUGACAUAGAAAAGAGAAAAAACACACAAAAGAAAAACACAUUAAAAUACUAAAAAAGCAAAACAAAAAAAUUAAACCACAUAUUACUUGUGAAACCCAAUUUAUCUUUAAUUGUUAAUUGACUUCCUCGGAUCCCUCCUAUCUGAAUUUCAUUGUAUCACCUUAUAACAGCUCUCCAAUAUCAUUUUUCUACUAAAAUUAAUUCUGUCAUGUCAAUUAACUAUCUUCUUUCAUGUCUUAAUAUUCCAAAUCCAAAUUAGUUACAAUUCAAUCUUAUUUUAAUCCUAGCUCUAUUUGGUACUUUCAAGUGACUACUGGUUAAAUUAAAUUAAAUUAAAUUAAAUUAAAUUAAUUAAAUAAUCCUUAAAUUUCUUCCAAUCUUCUUGGUGAUCCUCUUCUUUCUGGCCGCGGAUUCUUCCAGUCAGGUCAGCUAGCUCCCAAAAAUCCAGCAUCUUCAUCUGCCAUUCUUCCACCGUUGCGAUUUCUUGGGAUUUCCAUUUUUUGGCUAAUAACAAUCUUGCCGCUGUGGUUGCAUACAAAAAUAAUCUAACAUCUUUUUUGGGUAAUUCCAAUCCCAUUAUUCCAAGUAGAAAGGCCUCUGGUUUCUUAAUAAAUGUAUUUUUCAACAUUUUUUUCCAAUUCAUUAUAAAUCUUUUCCCAGAAGUCUUUCACCUUGGGUCAUGUCCACCACAUGUGAAAAAAAGGACCUUCUUUUUCUCUACAUUUCCAACAUAUAUUGUCAUUCGUGUGGCAGAUCUUUGCCAAUUUUACUGGGGUUAAGUACCAUCUAUACAUCAUUUUCAUGACGUUUUCUUUUAAUACAGUACAUGCAGUAAACUUAACCCCUUUCUUCCACAACCUUUCCCAAUCUUCCAACAUUAUAUUGUGUCCAACAUCUCUUGCCCAAUCAAUCAUAACAGAUUUAACUUGUUCAUCCUUCGUAUGCCACUCCAACAGCAGAUGAUACAUUUUAGAUAAAUUUUUAACUUUAGUAUCUAACAACUCCGUUUCCAGUUUGGUUUUUUUCUAAAAGUCUUAUUCAGCUCACGGCUUCGGGCAGCGGUAGCUGUUUUCACUUUUAUUCCAGCGGAAAGGGACCAACCUCCGUGUUUAAGUCCCUUCCUGUCAAAUUAAAUGUCCAAAUUUUAAGUCCUUUUAACUGAAGAUUUUCCAAAUUUAUUUUGAGAAAUUGGCCGCUCACGAAUGCCGGACUUGGAGCUUCGCACAAUGAAGAAAGCGAGUUGAUUCUAAAGUGCCCACGUCUCCAACCCCGCUCGCUCUCGGGGCUCUUUACAAGAGCUUACCGGGGAGCGGGGGGAGUCAUUCUGGGCACCCGCAGAAACACCAGAUCCUCAGAAUGCUCAAUCUGAGGUUUUUUUCGGGGUACCACAGCACUCAUGGUCUCCCCAGCCUUCAAUGCACCGGGGCUCUUUCAGCCAAAAGAACUCCCCUCCGCCAUAACUAGGCAACCAACCGGAAGUCAACUUAGAGAUAUCUUUUUGCCAUCUUUUGAGGCAAUCAUCCUUAACCAUUACUGGGACUGUGUGGAAGAGAAAGAGCAUUUUUGGCAACACAUUCAUUUUUACCGCUGCAAUUCUUCCUAGUAGGGAAAGGUUCAUUCUACUCCAUAUUUCUAAAUUCCUUUUUAUCUCAGACCAUACUUUUUCAUAAUUGUCUUUAUACAUGUUUAUAUUUCUUGUAGUUAACCAUAUCCCUAAAUAUUUUACUUUUUUAUGGAUUUCUAUCUCAAUACUUUGCACCAAAUCUUUUUUCUCUUCCUCUUUUAAAUUUUUAACUAAUAAUUUAGUUUUAUUUCUAUUUAAUUUUAAUCCUGCCACUUCCCCAAAUUCUUGAAUUUUCUCUAUUACUCUAGGAAGAGAAUUUUUUGGAUCUUCUACUGUGAUUACUAAAUCACCAGCAAAGGCUUUCAGCUUUCAGCUUAAAUUGAUCCCCCCGUCCCAGUUUUUAUCCCUUUAAUCUCUUUGUCCGUGCUUAUAUUUCUUGCACGUACUUCCAGGACCAGGAUGAACAAUAGCGGUGACAACUGACAUCCUUGCCUAUAGUUCCUUUUUGUAUUUUACAUUAAUUCGUUAUCACCUGAUUUGCACUUAAUUUUGCAGUUUGUUCUGAAUAUAUUGCUUGUAACCCUUUUAAAAAUUUAUAUCCACAAUUAAUUUCUUCAAGUAUUUUUUUAAUGAAGUCCCAGGAAAUAAUAAUAAUAAUAAUAAUAAUAAUAAUAAUAAUAAUAAUUUUAUAUCCCGCCCAUCUGGCGGGGUUUCCCCAGCCACUCUGGGCAGCUUCCAACAAAGUAUUAAAAUACAGUGGAAACAUUGUCAAAAGCUUUUUCGGCACCUAUAAACAUCAUUGCUGCUUUUUUUUCAUUUUUUACCUCCAGGUAUUCUAUCACAUUCAAAAUAUUUCUUAUAUUCUCUUUCAUUUGUCUGCCUGGAAAAAACCCUGUCUGAUGUUGAUGUAUAUAUUCACCUAAGAUUUUUUUCAUCCUAUUCGCUAAUAUGUUUGCAAAUAAUUUAUAACCAUUAUUUAAUAAUGAAAUAGGCUUGUAAUUUUUUAUUUGCAUUAAAUCCGAAUCUUGUUUUGGGAUCAAUGUUAUAUAAGCUUCUUUCCAUGUUCCGGGGAUUUCACCUGUCAUUAAGAUCUCAUUCAUCAAAUCUUUCAAUGGAUUUACUAAUGGUUCACUUAACUUUUCAUAAUAUUUUGCCGUUAAUCCAUCUGGUCCUGGAGACUUACCACUUUUUGUCCAAUUUAUUGCAUCUAAAACUUCUUGAGCUGUUAUUUGAGUAUUUAAAUUGUUCCUCUUUUAUUUUUGGCAGAUUACUAUUUUUUACAGUAUAUAUUCCUCUAUUUUAAAAUUCCUUUCCUUUCUUAUACAGUUUUGAGAAACAUUUCACAAAUGCUUCUCUUAUUUCCUUCAUCUUCUCUGUAAUUUUCCCAUUAUAUUAAUUUUGCUUAUAAAAUUUCUUUGUUCACUUUUUUUCAAUUGCCACACUAACAAUUUUCUUGAUUUAUUGGUGUGUUUAAAAUAUGUCUGCUUCAUUUUUUUAUCUUCCAACUAAUUCCUUCAUUGACUGUCAUAGAGUAUUGAGUUUGUGAUAUUCUAAUAAUAAUAAUAUAAUAUAAUAUAAUAUAAUAUAAUAUAAUAUAAUAUAAGCAGAAUAUUUCUUUUCCUCUUGGUUUCUCUCUCUUUCAGCUCUAAACUGUAUUGUACAUAUUGAUUUCUUCAUUCUAUAUGACCUGAUAUAGGGUUCAUUAUAUAUACCUUUGUGCAUUAUGCCCAUCACUCAAUUUUCCCUCCCCUUAACUUGUUGAGACUAAUUAAAUGGGGGGGAAACUAUGCGGUACAAAGAGAGAUCUGCUCAUGCAAUGGGACUUCUUCUUCCCACUAUGUUAGGGUUGACUAUACAAAAUACAUUCUGGAGGUUUAUAUCAAUAAUCAAAUAAUAGAUCUUAUUCUAAUUGCACCUGAUGAAAAUUUUGGUCAAUCGCAUAAAAAGUUGUUGAGCUGAGCUUCUUUGGGGCCACUGAUCAACUGCCCUCUUGCGCCCUUCCCAAGCUGCCCACACGUGCGAAACAGAGCCCACGCCACACAAGACAGAGUCCAAGCAAAGGAAGACUUGGGAAUCUGAAUCCCAAAGGGAGGGGGCUAAGGGGAGGAGCAUGUAGGGUCCUGGUGGCUGAUGGGAACAGGGUUGGAACAUUGUUUAGUAUGCCUGAUUCUUCUCCAAGCACUUUCUGCUUGUUUUCUUGCUGCAUCAAGUUUCAGGUUUUGAUUGCCUGUUUAAAGGGGCAGAUAAGAAAUUUCUUUCUGCAAGGGGUUAUGCCUUGGUUGUCCUGAGGUUCGCUCCUUUUAUCCUACAUUGUAACAACCAUGCAAGGUAACUACUGUGUACAAAGCAGCCCAAGGCACAUAUGUUUGAUUGUUUCUCUGCCAUUCUCAUACAGUGCUCUUGGUAAACAUAAAGAGAGUGGGCUGGAUUCACUGAGAAAUGAGCAGUUUCCUAGUGGGGGGUUCCUCACCCUGGCUGCUCUGGCCCAAACCUCCAUGUUGAAGAAGCCACUUUUGAGGGUUGAGAGACAAGAACUCUCAUGCAGCAUACCUGAGUAUACAAAGUCAGUUGCGUAUCCCAGAAAGAAGUCACAUAUUGUGCUUCUAUAGCUGGAAUAAAUGGGUUGCCUCUGGUUGUGAUCCCUUUAGCUUUUUCCUCACAGAUAUUAAUAACUGUGAAUACCUAUUUUGCAAUCUAUUCCUCUAACACAAUGUAUUCCUCUGGUUUUCUUUCAACAGGCGAAGAUUGCACUUGAAAAUCUUCGGGAUAAACACCAAAAAAGGCCAGGAAAUAUAUUAAGAGCUCUUUCAGAACGAUUUGAUAAGCAUUACAAAGCUAACUAG